AUGCCUGUGCUCAGCUUAGCAAGGAGAGGAGGCUGGGCCUCCUUCAGCCAGGCCUGGGGGCUGAAGGACGUGAGUGGGCCAGGAGGUGGGACGGUCACAGAGAGGGCAGGAAGGCCAGUGGUCCCGAAGCCUUUGACAAUGACGGAAAAGAGGACAUCCCAGUUAGAAGCUGUGAUACUUAAUUCUAUGUGUUGCUUUGGCUGGGCCAUAGUGCCCAUACAUGUGUUAGUUGCUCAGAUGUGUCUGACUCUUUGUGACCUCACCGACUGUGGCCCGCCAGGCUCCUCUGUCCAUGGAAUUCUCCAGGCAAGAACACUGGAGUGGCAAUAA